AUGGGGGGGAGGGCGCCACAAACAAUACUUACCGAUCAAAACAGGGCGAUGGAGGUUGCCAUAAGUAAUGUCAUGCCAAACACGGCUCACCGGUGGUGCAAGUGGCAUGUGCUAAAGAAGGCAAAAGAUUCGCUUGGCCCAUUGUACACAAAGAAGAGUGAUUUUCAACCAGAGUUUCACAAGGUUGUCAACCACAUGCUAACCAUAGAUGAGUUUGAGGAUGGCUGGAAGUACUUAAUAGAGAAAUACAACUUGAAAAGUCAUGACUACAUGACUAAUUUGUUUGAAAUACGGCACAAAUGGGCAAAGCCCUACUUCAAGGGGGUGUUCUAUGCAAAAAUGACUAGUACACAACGGAGUGAAAGCGCAAAUCACAUGCUAAAGAACUACGUGCUGCCUGGUUGCCCUAUGCAUGUUUUUGUGAGGAAGUAUAUGAGUUUAAUUUUUGACCGUGAGUCAGAAGAAAAUUAUGAGGAAAAGCGGACAGCAAUUGGGAGGCCACUUAUGCGAGCAAAUAUGGCAUCUGAGAGACACGCUGGGAAGAUUUACACAAGAGCUAUGUUCGAGCAGUUUGGCCAUAUACUGUAUGAGUGUGGUGCAUAUCAGGUAGAAGAAAAAGAAAAAGGGAAAGAGUACAUCGCAAUACAUACAGAUGCUGCACGGUGGGAGAAGUGGUGCAGAACCUCAUACAAGGUGACGGUGAUUGAAGGUGGAGAUGAAUUUGAUUGCGAGUGCGGACAGUUUGCCCACAUGGGUCUGUUGUGCAGCCAUAUACUGAAGGUAAUGGACAUCAUUCGUGUGACAGAAAUCCCAAAGAAGCACAUUGUGAAAAGGUGGACACGAGAUGCGAGAGAUGUGCUUCCAGCCCACCUGAUGCAGUACCAGAGAGACAACGCGCUCAGGAAAACCCAUUUAGUUUCAGCCGAGAUGAAGCCGUACACGGAUGUCAGAGAUGGCCUAGGUUUGGAGGACAGGUUAGCCGGCAAUGGUACUGUUCAGAAAAUGUUACAAUCAGGAGGCGACGUAUGCAAUCCGUUCGAAGCUACACAAGUCAACGACGGAAACGAUGACAGCAACUCGUCUAAUGAGUCUGCAAAUAGGAUGGAGAACCUGCUGGCACCUGCCAGACGGAAGCAAGUUGGGAGGCCGACAAUGAGUAGGGAGAAGGCGCCAUACGAAGGUUUAAGUAAGAGAACUAGGUUCUGCGGGAUAUGUAGGCAGUAG